AUGUAUCGGAAGUUGUCUAAGUUAGAACACUCGGAAAUAAAACAACUUCUUACAGAAGCUAAUAUAGAUGUUGCAAAGCAUUACGCAACAAACAAAAAAGCACUCGCUGACUUCAUUAAAGACUAUAAUGGUGCAAUAAGUUAUGAUAGAAUUCAUGAGUUCAUAAAGCCGCAACGCGGCGAGGACGAAGUCCAUGCAAGAGCAUUUCCUUUAAAUGACAUUGCUAUUGACUUAUAUCAUAGACGUUCAGUACCUCAUGAAGUAAGAAGAGAGAUGUUUGACAUAACAAAUGCAAACGUUGGUGAAACAAGAAGAGCUGUACCUCAUGAAGUAAGAAGAGAGAUGUUUGACAUAACAAAGCCGCAUGACGGCGCGGGCGUAGCCCAUGCAAACGUUGGUGAAACACGAAAGAGAGAUGACACACUGAAACAACAGAGAAGAGAGAUGUUUAAAAGUGCUAUAGAACAAGUUCGCAAAGCUAACGAUGUCAUUCGUUCCAUUGACGACAAACCAAAAGAAGGUGAGAGAUGGUUAAAGAAAGAUGAAGAGAAUAGGAAGAGAAAUGUGAAGUCAGGCAAUAGACUCAUUGACUUUAACAUCGAAGCUUUAGAUGAACCAAACAGAGACUACUUACACAAACAUUUCGGUAAGGUUUUCAUGAGACUCUUAGAGAAAAUUAAAAUAAACUCGCAACAGAGAUGGAUGGUAUGUUAUAAACUUGGUGGAAAGUAUGAAUGUUCUACGUUAAACCUCAAUAAUAUUGGAACAUUACUACAUCAGCUCUUGAAGGAGAACUUUAUAUCAGAGAUAGAAGCAAAUGCUGCAGGUAUUGUUGAAAUG